AUGUCGUUUUCCACCGUUGAUGCCGAGACCGUGGCUGCUCUGAGGGAUGCUGCGCGCGACUGCAGCCAGAGAGGUCUGUCCUACGCGUCCAAAUGGGCGGCGGAGCUGCUCCUAUCGGUCCCGCUCGCGAAGAGGCAGCCACAGUCGCCCGCGAUCCACACUUCAACGCCUGCGAGACCCCGCUCGCCGCGCCCUCCGGCUCCCACCUCUCACGCUCCAGAAAUCAUAGCACAGCCAAGACAUCCCCACGCGCCUGCCCUAUGCGCCUUGCCGGAGGACGUCCGUAAAGAAGAGUCAGAGUGGGAGGCACACGACGCAGACUACAUAGCCACCGCCCGCGCCCUCAUCGACGGCAAGGACUUCAUACGGGCCGUGCACUGGCUGAAGCCAUGCCGGAGCUCAAAGGCCCGGUUUCUGAGCGUUUACAGCCAAUAUCUGGCAAGCGAGAAGCAGGCGCUGAAAGAUUGGUAUCAGCUCGACAAGACACGGUUCCAGCCCCCGCUGCCCGUUAACACCUCCUUGCUCGACCUGCUGCAGAUGGUGCAGAAUUCGAUCGACCCGUUUCUCCUCUUUUUGAAGGCGCUCUUCCUCUGCCGACUAUCCCGAAGAGAAGAGGCCAUCGAAAGCGCCCUCUUGUCAAUCGCAGCAUAUCCUUGGAACUGGUCAACGUGGGCCGUCCUGGGGGAAUGCUUAGGUGACGGAGAAGAGUUAUCCUCUCUGUUGCCGUUGUUGCCGCUCCCUCCGACACAUCCGCUGGUCCAAAUGUUCCAAGUGAAGACUCUGAAUACGCUCCACAGCCCAACCGACAACGAACUGGGGCUCUGCGAUCGGCUGCUUUCGGAGCACCUCUUUCCUCGGAGUUUGUGGGUCAUGUCUCUUCGCGCCAAUGUGCUGUAUCACAUGCACGACUUCAAAGAAGCAGCAGUCCAGUUCACUAAAGUCCUGGCCAUCGACCCUUACCGGAUAGACGAUAUUGAUAUCUACUCUAACAUCCUCUAUGUCACAGAGGACCAGAUGACCUUGUCCAAAAUUGCUCAUGAAUUUACAGUGAUCGACAAAGACCGACCAGAGGUGUGCUGUUUGAUCGGUAUGCGUGUCUUUCUCUGCAACUAUUACUCGCUCCGUAACGAGCAUGAGAAAGCCAUCAAAUAUUUCAGACGCGCCACCCAAUUGGAUCGAACAUAUUUAUCAGCUUGGACGUUGAUGGGACAUGAGUAUGUGGAGAUGAAAAAUUCUCAUGCAGCCAUAGAGGCGUAUCGAAAAGCUGUCGACAAGCCCGUCUCGGAUUAUUCCAGGUCUGGCGUCUACGUUGCGCGCUUCCACCUCAUGCAUGGUGGGGGUGAUGUCGCCCUGGCGAAGGACUAUCUGGAGACAAUAGCUUCCAGUAAUGCCGAAGAAGUUGGACAAGCCACGGAUUUACUAAAAAAGGUGAAAGCCGCGUUAGCCCAGAUGGCGCUAGAUGCUGCAUCGGCCUCAAGUGAAAAACCCGAGGACCAGGUUGCUGGAGCACCUUCUGAGGCACCCGCGGGGGCGACGUGA